CAAAUUAUUUUGAAUUCACUUAUUUUUAGGUGUACGAAUAAGACCCAGGCUUCGACCAAAGCCGCGACCAGGUAUAACAGUGUUGGUUUUUUUGGGUUUAUUUUACCUUAUUACCGGACUCUUGUGUUGACUACUGUAGUGAAAGUGCAUACUCUGUUUCUUUAGGAGCAAAAUACAGAUUCUUUGGACGCUAUCGUGCUCCACCCAAAAAGAUACUUGGCAGCCCAACAGUGACGUUCAGAAGUCUGAAGUUUGCAAGAAAGAACUGCCAGCGAGUAGCGCGCAUGCGCCGUGCCUGGGCCUUCGCUUUGCGAUUUGGUCGCCAGUGUUACAUCGCUCAAAAAAGUCCGCGCAAGUUUACAAAGUUCGGUUUUCCUCGAACGAAAAUGCCUGGAGCACUGAAGGUUUAUAUCGCUAAAGGAGGUCGUUCCAUACCAAUAAUAAGACCCAGGCCUCGACCCAGACCAAGGCCUUUCCCCCGUCCGAGGCCCCGACCGAGACCAGGACGCAAAACGUACAGGUACAGCGGACUCUACCGACCACCACCAAGGAGAAUGCUGGGAAGUCCUAUUAGGAAAUUUAGAAGCCGACUUUUCGCACGCAGACGGUGUGAAAAAAUAGCAAGAUCAGGCAGAUAUCGAGCAUACGCCUUACAAUAUGGCCGUUACUGUUAUGUUGCUCGGUUAACAAGUAGAAAGUUUACCAGAUAUGGACGCAGCGUAUCCAGGAGACCCAGUGCUCUUAAAGUCUUCAUAGGGACCAGUGGUACGUUUUCCAACAAAUACUAUGUGGGGCUUACUUUGUAACUAGAAGGUUAAGGAUUGUCAGAGAGAUUUAAUAAAAUAAGAUUUUAUCAAAAGAGACGAUCGAGCAAAAUUGGUGUACAGCUUUACAGACCACUAUGGAAGCUAACAUUGUUUACAAAAUCCAUUUGCUCAACUGAGCAAUUUUGCAACAAGGCCAACCUUUAAAACUAAGCUGUCACAGAUUAAGACCCCAUGAGCAGCUUAAAACGAGGAAAAUAUCACUUUUUACAUUCUAAGUGUUAUAGUUUAUCUCCUGGCUGAUUCAAUACUACCGCAAACUUGAGCAACGUCUUACACUGACCGUUUUCAGUUAGCAACUAGUAGCUAUUUUGCUGGUUCUAAUGCUGUACAUUAACUUGUGCAUCUGUUAUCUUUGUAUUUAGGAGGCAUUCUCAGACCUAGACCUCGAAUAAGACCUCGACCUCGAAUAAGGCCUCGACCCAGAAUUCGACCCAGACCUCGAAUCAGACCUCGACCUCGAAUAAGACCUCGACCUCGAAUCAGACCUCGACCCAGAAUUCGACCCAGACCUCGAAUCAGACCUCGUCCAAGGCCUCGGAUACCAGGUAUUUUUUGUCUUCUGCAACCUUGGCAGGUCAAACAUGGAAACCUAAACAGAUUCGUUUUUUCCUUCUCUUAGGAAGAAGAAGAGUUGUCCGCAAAUAUCUUGGAAGCUUCCGAGCUCCACCGAGACUGGGACGACCAGUGCGCACCUUCAGACGUCGAACAUACGUUGUGCGCUCGUGUUUCCGUUUAGCCCGAGCGCAAAGGGCAAGAGCUUUUGCCAUCCGAACAGGACGACGAGGAGUCAAGUGUUACUUGUCGAAAAUGACUUCGGUUAAAUUUACAAGACUCGGCAAAACUCGAUUUGGAGGCCUUAAGGUUUACGUUUUGAGAAGAGGUAAUUUACCAACAUUUAAUGUGUCAGCUAAAACAGUUUCUACGUUAAAACAAAUAACGUUUCCAUCAAGU